AAUACGGCACGUGACCUAAUCAAUAAUAUAAAAGAUUUAGUCUUAAGCCUCAAAUUAAACUCGAUUAUCUCGAGGAUUGAAAGCUCCUGUAAUUAGUGUGGCUUAUAAUCGAAUUUAACUUUCGUCGAUUGUAUGCUACUUUACUCUUAAUUUAGCCGUACCUCGAAUAAUGAUAAUUAAGAGAGUGAAUUUUAUAUACUACGUAAAAGUUACUUUUCUUCUCUUGUGCAAAAUAUGACUAAUUUGUUCCACUAACAUUCAAAUCGUACAUAACAUAUUCUUCCGCCAACGCGCAUUUUGAUCACGACACGUGGCAAUUGUUCCUCUAAUCACAAUCAUAACAUACACAGUGAUAGCCCUACUCCGACCCGUGUACCUAUAGGUGUACAGUUCUCAUAUAUUGUGUCAAGGCGAGAGAGCAAACGGGAGAACGAAAGGCACAGAGGUACGGAGCCGAGAAUACGAGAGGAUAAAACAGUCUGUAACAUAUGUGUGUGCGUGUGUGUAUCUGAAUAAGAAUAGCCGUAAAAUCAUUUCCGUUUCCCCUUCUGUCUCGUCACCGACCAUGUGAGUCCCAACGUUGGGUUUGGUAGGCAAACGGGGAGUCUUCACGUUGGACCGGUGACGGUAUGUUUGUGACGUGGUCCCAACUGGCUCUCAUAUGCUCCUUUUUCUUGCUGCUGGACGUAUUCACCAGGAUCAACCGACUUCUGCGGUCGUUGUGCGCAUAUCUCGAUCGGGAUCGUUCGUCUCGGAGAUACGUGUCCAUGUUUCAGUUAAGUGUUCGAUCAGCCAAGAGGCUCACAAAGCUGAAUGGAUACUUUGGUGCCGUUGCUUCUGACAACUCGGGGUUUAUCUACAUUAUGGCUUCUCUUGUUACUACCACCUGCCUUCGGAAGAGCUGACAGCACAGGACCUACGGCGGAAAUUGUUUUUAUGGGAUAUGCGAAAAUGGAUCAGAAAGGAAAUGGUCUCCAUCUCCGAACGUUUUCCAGAGCUUUCAUAAUUGACGAUGGUAUGGAAAGAUUCGUGUUCGUGAGCGUGGAUAGCGCGAUGAUAGGAAACGACAUCCGACAGGAGGUAUUGCGCAAAUUGCAUAUCCAAUUUGGCGACAUGUACACGGAGAGGAACGUGAUGAUUAGCAGCACGCACACACACUCGAGCCCGGGUGGUUUCAUGCUUGACGUGCUUUUCGAUUUGACCACAUUCGGCUUCGUCCGGGAAUCGUUCGACGCCAUCGUCAAUGGUAUCACGAAGAGCAUCGAACGUGCUCACGAUGCCGUUGUGCCUGGAAGGAUCCUCGUUACUCACGGUCAAGUUUUAGACGCUAAUAUUAAUAGGAGUCCGCAGGCGUAUCGCAACAACCCGAAAUCAGAAAGAGAUAAAUACGAGCAUGACGUAGACAAAAUACUAACACAGAUGCAAUUUAUCGGAGCAGACGAUAAGCCUCUCGGCGUCAUAAAUUGGUUCGCCGUACAUCCGACUAGCAUGAACAAUACCAAUCGCCUAGUUUCCAGCGACAAUAUGGGCUAUGCUUCAAUUCUCUUUGAGAAAAUGAUGAGUAAUAAUACCACGAUCGGCAAGGGACAGUUCGUGGCAGCCUUCGCCUCGACCAACCUCGGUGACGUUUCGCCAAACACACGUGGUCCCAAGUGUGAAUUCUCUGGGAAGAAAUGCUCCGACCAGUAUACGUGUUCCGGAAAAAAGGAGAUGUGCUUCGCUUCCGGUCCUGGCGAGAAUAUGUUCGAGAGCACGAGCAUCAUCGCUCACAAGAUUUACCAGGAGGCCGCGAAAUUAUGGAGAAGCGACAAAGCAAUGGAAGUGGCCGGACCAGUGCGAGUGGUUCACCAAUACGUUAAUAUGCCGGAACAGUCCGCGGAAUUCUACAACGAGACAACGGGCAAGCUCGAGGAGGUUCACGGCUGCACGCCUGCAAUGGGCUACAGUUUCGCAGCUGGCACCACCGACGGACCAGGUUCGUUCUCUUUUGAGCAGGGGACAACAACGUCAAAUCCUUUCUGGAAUACCGUACGAAACUUUCUGGCCUCCCCGACGAAAGACGAUAUUCGCUGCCAGGGCGCGAAACCUAUUUUGCUAGCCACCGGACGGAUGAAGCUACCCUAUCAAUGGCAGCCGAAUAUCGUUUCGACUCAAGUAGCCAUAAUUGGAAACGUCGUCAUCGCCGGAGUACCCGCUGAAUUCACGACAAUGUCCGGAAGAAGAUUGCGAGAGACUAUCAAAAAAGUCAUGAAUGAUGCGUCCGACGAAACAUCCGUAAUAGUCGCAGGGCUCUGCAAUACUUACAGCGAUUACGUAACAACGCCCGAGGAAUAUCAAAUACAGAGGUACGAAGGCGCAUCAACGAUAUAUGGCCCGCAUACGCUUACAAUCUAUUUGAGACAAUACCAGGAGCUGGUACAAGCAGCUAUUCAAAAAAAAUCUGUUUCACCGGGACCACCAGCUUCGAAAUUGCUGCAAAGCAAUCUGAUUACUCUCGUACCCCCCGUGUUGUAUGACACUCCGAGAUGGGGACGUAACUUCGGCGAUGUGAUCCAACAGCCAUCGAAAUUCGUUUUGCCAGGUGACACGGUUACGGCAAUCUUUGUCUCCGGGCAUCCGCGUAAUAAUUUAAUGACGGAUAGCACUUUCUUAACUGUGGAACGAUUAGAAGACGAUGAAGUUUGGUUGCCAGUAGCCACAGACGCUGAUUGGGAGACCAAAUUUCAAUGGACUAGAACUUCCGUGAUAUUGGGAUCGAGUCAAGUGACCAUUACAUGGGAAAUCCCACAGGACGUUAAACCGGGCGAAUAUCGCAUUAAGCAUAACGGUUACUACCGUUAUAUCCUUGGUGGCGUGUAUCCUUACUAUGGUGUCACCAAUCAUUUUCAAGUGGAAGUUCCUGCACUACACAACAUCCAUAAACGUUAUUAUGGAUAACCACAUGAUACCUUACCGUCCCAUGUGCUUUCUUAGCCGAUAAGGAAAUCAUUACGCUUAAUUUACUAUCGAAUCAAUUUCGUCAUGUAAUUGACGUAUGUGUAAAUAGAUAUUCUAUUUUGAUUAAAUGGCGGAUAUGAACGAG